CCGGCCAAUGGCCUCCUCUCACUCUCACCCUCACCCCCGCACCCACCCCCAGCUCUGAGCUCCCUCCAACUUCACAUGAUCUUCUAGUGUGAUCUCACUCUCACACACAUUGAGUUGUGGCCAACACUAUGGUUAGUGAUCAUCUGCUCAACAAGGUAAAGAACCUCCCAGGAUGGACGGGGCUGCGUUCCUUCCGCUCCUACCGCCCCCUCCUGAUCCGCCGCCGGCGGGGCGAACGGCGCCGCCGCGGCCUGCUCGGGAGGAGUCGCCGCUGUCGGGGCGGUCACCUGAGACCGGCGGAUCGCCGGAUUCGCAGUCUGCGGCGGAGAUCGGGGGAUUUCUCCAUCCGGCCAAAUGGAAAAUUUUCUUCCAAGAUGUCCGGGAAGCCGGCCGUAGAUCGGAGGGAGUUCUCUACUCGUACUACCCUUCGAGGUGGACGGUGGUGUGCGAUCUGGCUGGUGACAUUCUCGGAGGGGAGUAUCUCAAAGCUGAUGAGAAGAUUAAUGAAGGUACGCGGUUGCUCAUUGAUAUUUUCGAUGUUACCGUUCAUUCGCGUGUGCAGGAGGAACCGGAGACUCUUGAUCACAUUGACUUGAUCGAUCUCACGGAAGAUCCAAAGCCCUCGAAGCCGCGGUUCAGUGGGCGCUUUUGGGUAUUGGCUGAUGAGGAUGAUGAGGUGACGCUCGUGGACGACGACGAUGCCGGAGACUCGCCGGAAUAUUCACCGACGCCUUCAUUGAUCAUUUGCGAGGCCUUCGAUCAGGGUUACUCUGAAGAUGAGGUCGCGGCGAUUGGUGAUGGAGUGGUGCCACUCGACGAUCCGGCGCGGCAAGGGCUACGAUCGGAAGAUAAACUCGAGGUUCUUCGGCGCAUAGUAAAUCGCCGGACUUCAGCUGCGGCGAGCCGGCCGUGGAAGGGACCGAUUCCUAAGGUGUUAUUCCGGGCUACGGCGCUAAUCCGUACUUGGUCCUUACUCACUCCGAGGGAGGCCAGGGAGCGUUUGGUUACUGGAUCUGUCCGGUGGGAGACGGUAGCGCGGGAUAUCUUCAACCGGUUUGGAUGGCGAUCAUGUAAUAGGAUAGGAGUUCAGUUUACCUAUCUGCUAUUUUGCCAGCCGGGUUGUGGCUUAUCUCAUUUCUGCCUUGCAGUCGAUGCUCUAUGUGAGUUAUAGGCUGCUUUGAUUCCUUUUUCUAUAAGACCUUUGUUCAGAACCUGUUUAUUUGUUUAAUAAGAGAGGCCGUAUGCAUCUAA